UCUGUAGUAAAGUUAAUAGCUGUCCAACGAGUCACACCUCGUGCCAGACAUAUAUACGUACCAUAUUGUGAAUUCCGGAAAUUCUAGUGCACAUCAAUGAUUAUUUUAAGCCUUUUAUUAUCGCUUUUUUACAGCUUCCGUAGCCUCUGUCAACAGUGCAUCUGGUUUGUCGUUCGCCCCGCGUACGUCAGGACUGGCCUCACGGUUGCGGGGCGGUAGCUGCCUGAAUUUAUACAAACACCGCCCCCGCUAUCUCGCCCCGCCUGCAGGCAGCUUCACCUCACGAAGCUCUUGUUUCCUCACCUCUCAUUGUUGCCACUACAAGAGUUGCUAUCUUCUCUGGGCAUCCUCAAUCAACUACACUACACUAAAUAGUUAUGCUCUGAUUAUCUACAACAUCUUACCUUGUCCAGCCUGAUCCGAACUACACCCCGCCGACCGACUACCAUGGCUGCUCCUCCAACAGCUACCAGUGCCACGCCCCAGGCAGUGCAAGCACUGGUGGCGAAGCUGGGAGAUCCUGACCCGGACUUUCGCUUCAUGUCUCUGAAUGACUUGUUACAGCUUCUUACCGUUGCAAAGCCAGACUUUCUCCAACAUGACUUCAAUACGGCUGCUCGGACAGUCGACAACAUUAUUAAGACACUGGAUGACCAGAACGGCGAAGUCCAAAAUUUGGCUAUCAAAUGCCUCGGACCUCUCGUUGCAAAAGUGCCUUCCGCCAUUGUUGGCCCGAUGAUCGAAAAACUAUCGUCUCUCAAGCUCAAGAAUUCCGUCGACAAUGCGGUUCCAUCGUUGGCACUUCGCAAUGUAUUGAUAGCGCUUCCCCGACCAAUCCCAGGAGCAGCCAAUUCCCCCGAUACCAUCACCGCAUACAGCGCUGUCAGCCGAGUUUUGAUCCCACGAUUAAUCGGCCAAGGAUCCAAAUUACAACCAGCUACAAAGUCUGCGCCAACUGGCAUGCUUGAGGGCCCCGACAUCAGUGCCGAGUCAGUUGAUGUUCUGAUUGAAGUAGUCCGAUGCUAUGGACCGUUGCUAGAGCAGCUCGAGGUGGAGGCGAUGCAGGAAGUCGUCCUUCAACUGCUUGAAGGCGACAAGGCGACAUCUGUGGUCAAAAAGCGGUCUGUUGUUGCAAUCUCGAUGCUGGCAGUGUACCUUACAGAUGAACAUUUGGCUGCAGUUGUUACACGCCUGGCUACUGCCCUCUCUAGACCCAAUGGGAACCAAGUCACUCGCCGACUAUACAUUUCCAUUGUGGGAAGUAUGGCAAGGUCAAUUCCAAGACGCUUUGGUCACCACUUGAAGCAAGUCGUUCCAUUAGUGCUCCAAGCUCUCUCAGAGGAUGAAUUGGAUCAGCAUAUGGAGAAAUUGAGCGAGGGUGACGAUCUCGGUCUAGAAUUCAAUGAAGCCCGAGAAGCUUCGCUCGUCGCUCUUGAAGCAUUCUUAGCAUCAUGCCCCCAAGAAAUGCGUGAUUUUACCGACGAAGUUCUUGACUGCACGCUACGAUAUCUGAAAUACGAUCCCAAUUAUGCCGUCGAUGAAGAUGAGGAGAUGGAGGAAGACGACGACGAAGAUGAGGACGAUGACGAUGACGAAUUUGAUGCGGAUGAUGGUUUCGAAGAUGAUGACGACGAUGCAAGCUGGAAAGUGCGACGAUGUGCCGCAAAGGCGCUCUAUACCCUUAUUUCGACCAGAGGCAGUGGUGACUUGCUUGAAGCUGGAGUUCUUUACAACCAGGCUGCCCCGUCAUUAGUGAAGCGAAUCGAUGAAAGGGAGGAGAAUGUCAGAUUAGAAAUUAUAUCUGCACUCUCUCUCCUGGUUCGAAAGACUGGCGAGGGAUUACAUUCAACUGAGCUGCCUUUCGACGAAUUCGAAUCCGAUGUUACCAGUCAAUUGCCCAUCAGUCGCAAGAGAAGAAGACAGAGCAGCGGUGGCUCGUCUAGUGUCUCUGCCUUCAUGUCUGGAACUGGAUUGUCUUCUCCCGUACUAGAGAAGGCACCAACACAUGGACCACGAGCAGAUCUCACUAGACUUACGCCAACAAUUGUGAAGGCGGCUACCAAACAGCUGAAGGGCAAAACUGUGCCCACCAAGCAGGCUAUUCUAGGUCUUUUGGAUGACAUGGUCUCCGUCCAGCGUGGCGGUCUGGCCGAAUAUCUCCCUGAUUUGAUUGCAUUGAUUAUGGACGCUGUGAAACCAGCUGGCUCUGGAUCAGUAUCGACUUCUCUUACUACUAGCGGAGGUACCGCCUCUGCUACCCCUAGCUCUCUUAGACAAGCGGCACUUCGUCUACUGAGUGACAUAUCGCGAACACAUCCAUCGGCAACCCUGCAGCCUUAUCUUCCGAAGGUUGUCGGUGGUGUCACCGCUGCUGUGCGUGACCGAUUCUACAAGAUAUCCAGCGAAGCACUCCGUACUUCAGAGGAGCUUGUUAAGGCUAUUACACCCCCUCGCUCUCGUGGAGCUGGCACAAAACAUAAAGAAGAGUUGGAAAAGCUAUAUGACACUAUCCUUGAGCGUGCUGCAGCGACCGAUGCUGAUGCAGAAGUCCGCCAGCGAGCCAUUCAUGGCUUGGGAAUUCUGAUAGCACGAACGUCGUCUGCAGACGGAACUGCUCUCUUGGCUUCUGAUAUGCGCGAAAAGGCACUAGCCCUACUACGAGAAAGGCUCAAGAAUGAGACUACUAGGCUUGCUGCAGUUCGCGCUGUGGAUAAUAUCGCAAUUUUUGCCACUACUGUUGGCCAGCUUAGCAAGGACUGGGUCCAGGAUGUUGCCAUCGAAUUGGCCGCGCAGCUCCGUAAGGCCAACAGAUCGCUUAGGGGUUCCAGUGUUGUGGCACUAAAACAUCUGAUUCUGUGUGGUGCUGCCAAGGACUUGUUUGAUGCAGCCACUGUUGAGCAGAUUGUCCCAUCAUUGAUGCCUGCUAUUACGAACAGCGAUACCUAUCUGCUCGGCCCAUCUCUCAUCAUCUUGGCCAACUUUGUGAGAACCCACGCGCAGCUCGUUGUAACAGACGAGAUGGUACAGGCUGUAUGCGAGCUGUUGAAGUCUCAUCUCGCCAGCAUCGUUCUCGACCAGCUACUUGAAUUUGUCAACAAUGUUGGGCAAAGUGGCUCAGGUGGCCCAUUGAUGGAUGGUAUGCUCAAGAAUGUGAGCGUUGCGGGUGAUCCAUCUGUGGUUGGCAAAGUCAUUGGCACUCUUCUUGUUACUGGCGGUGGUAGCUCAAACAUAUCUCUUGACAGCUUUGUGACCGAGCUUAACAGCAGCACGCAAAGCGGUGAUGAAAGUCGCGUCUGUCUUGCUCUUGCUAUUCUUGGCGAAGCCGGUAUGCGAUUAGGCGCACAGUCUCCUCUUGAGCCGGAACUAUUCCUCAAGCAAUUCCACGCCGAACCAGAUAAAAUAUCAUUGGCAGCUGCUACCGCAUUGGGACGUUCCGGCUCCGGAAACGUGCCGAAGUUCUUGCCCGUCAUUCUUGACUCCAUGAAGAGAGGUGGUAGUGUGCAAUACUUGUUGAUUCAGUCCAUCAAAGAGAUCCUGCAGUCUGUAUCAAGUCAAUCUACGGACAUGCGGGAAUAUGCGACUCUGAUAUGGGACCAGCUGCUUCAAGCCUCCAGUAACGCUGAUAACAAGGUUGUAUCUGCAGAAUGCAUUGGCCGCCUUGCUACAUUAGACCCUACCGUCUUCAUUCCAAAAUUGCAAACUCUCCUGCAGGAUGAGUCCCAGAGCAUCCGUGGUAUGGCCGUGCAGGCUGUGCGCUACACGCUUCCUGAGCAUGACGAAAACUUUGACAGCAUGCUGAAGAAUGUUCUUGUCGAUAUGCUUUUGACCAUGCUGCAAGAUUCAGAUAUGGAGAUUCGCCGUCUGGCAAUGACGACACUGAACUCGGCAGCACACAACAAGCCCGACUUUAUCCUUCCAUCCUUGAACAGCCUUAUGCCCUUUGUGCUCCAAGAGUCGGUCAUCAAGCAAGAACUUGUGCGCGAGGUCAUGCUUGGUCCCUUUAAGCACACUGUGGAUGAUGGCCUAGAAGUCCGCAAGAGUGCAUAUGAGACGUUGUAUGCCUUGAUGGAGACUGCCUUUACGCGAAUCAACAAUAUUGACUUUUAUGACCGCGUGGUGGCUGGUCUCAAGGACGAAAACGACAUUCGACAGCUCUGUAACCUCAUGGUGACCAAACUGAUCACUUUGGAUGCAGACGAGACAGCUCGACGCCUCGACUCGAUCGCCGAGGCCUAUCGCGGCGUGUUGUCCAUCAAGCUUAAAGACAAUGCGGUCAAGCAAGAUAUUGAAAAGCAGGAAGAAGCCCGCAAUAGUAUUCUCCGGGUGACCAUGCUGCUCGGUGACAAGAUGAAGGCAACAACUGGAAAUGCCGGUGCUGCUACGAGCAAUACUGCAACCGUUGGUGUGUGGCAAGGGUACUGGGAGUGGGUUUCCAAGGAAUUUGAACGCCAAUUGAAGAACUUGCGUGAAGAAAACAGUCAGCUCCACGGUCGGGUUGCUUAAAUAGGGCUGGUUGCAUCUUGUUUAUUAGGAUGACGUUUAGUCCAUCUUUGGUUUCACUUUUUUUCAGGUUUGUUUUAGCUAUUAUAUUCCG